CUGUCUGAAUAAAUCAAACUACAGUAACGGUUAACUCCUCGAGAUGCCAAAUUUGACUUGUAGCUCUUUACUACCUACCGUUGGCUUAAAGUGAUGCCAACCAUGACGCCACACAAGGGACAGCUGCUCUAAUUUGUCCCAUCGUACAACCAAGUGAGCCAACUACAGAAACUCAUGAGGCAGCAUCCCAAGCACGGGAACAACCAAAACACACCACUCUGCUCCCAACCCCCACCAAAACACCGGCUGUUCGGCACGGCGUCGCACACGUACGGCGGCAUGGGAGGCGAGCCAGGUGACCAGGAGCCGUCGCCGGCGAGCGCCCGGCGGCACGUGCUGCUCCUGUGCAGCCCGUGCAUGGGGCACCUCAUCCCUUUCGCCGAGCUGGCGCGCCGGCUCGUCGCCGACCACGGCCUCGCCGCCACGCUCCUCUUCGCGGCGGCCACGGAUGCCCCCUCGGAGCAGUACGCCGCCCUGGCCGCGUCCGUGCCCGACGGCGUCGACCUCGUCGCGCUGCCCGCGCCACCGGCGGACGCCCUGCCGCCCUCAACCCCCGUGCGCGAACGCGUCGUGCACGCCGCCCUCUCGGCCGUCCCACAUGUCCGGGACAUUGCCGGGUCGCUGACCUCGACCGCGCCGCUCGCCGCGCUCGUGGUGGACAUGGCCAGCGUGCCGGCGCGGGACGUCGCCACGGAGCUGGGCGUCCCGUGCUACAUGUUCUUCACCUCGCCGUGGAUGCUCCUCUCCCUGUUCCUGCACCUCCCGGAGCUCGACGCCGGGCUCGUCGGGGAGUACCGGGACGCGACGGAGCCCAUCCGGCUGCCGGGCUGCGUGCCGAUCCACGCGCGCGAGCUUCCCGGGGCCAUGCUCGCCGACCGGAGCAGCGAGACGUACGCCGGUUUCUUGUCCUUGGCCAAGGACGCCGCGAGAGUCGACGGGAUUCUCGUGAACACGUUCCGUGAACUAGAGCCUGCCGUGGGCCAAGGCGGCACGGACUGCGUGAAGGACAUGCCGGUGCACGCGAUCGGGCCGUUGGUCUGGACAAGGCCGGUCGGCGUGAACCGGGAGCCGGAGCACGCACGCCUCAUAACAUGGCUGGACCAGCAGGCACGUGGUUCCGUCGUCUUCCUCUCGUUCGGGAGCGGUGGCACGCUCACGCGGCGGCAGACGACCGAGCUAGCGCUCGCGCUGGAGGCGACCGGGCGUCCGUUCAUCUGGGCCGCAAAGAGGCCACACGAGGACACGGCGGACGGCGCCUUCUUCGGAACCGGGCGAGGAGGAGACGACGACGACGACCCGCUGGGCUUCCUGCCGAGGGGCUUCGUCGAGAGGACGGCGGGGGUGGGGCUCGUCCUCCUGUCGUGGGCCCCGCAGACAGCGAUCCUCGGGCACGCCGCCGUCGGGUGCUUCGUCACGCACUGCGGAUGGAACUCGAGCCUGGAGGGCAUCCUUAAUGGAGUGCCGAUGGUCGCAUGGCCGCUCUACGCCGAGCAGAAGAUGAACGCCGCCAUGUUGGAGGCCUACGCAGGGGUGGCGGCCCGCUUGAACGCCGCCGGACCUGGCAACGGCAACGGCUUUGUGUGCAAGGAAGAGAUUGUGAGCGUGAUCCGACGUGUGAUGGAUGGGGAGGAAGCAGCAAUGAUGAGGAGGCGUGUUGGUGAGCUCAGAGACAGAGCCACACAUGCGCUAGCCAUGGAUGGUUCUUCAACUCUUGCACUAGCCAAGGUCACAGCUUUGUGGAAAUCUUCUACUUCUCGUGACGAAAAAUAAAGGAAAAGCAAAAUAAAUGUAUGUUUGCAAGCCACCGAUCACCAUCUCUCUACUCCUAAAACGGGAUUUGAUAGGCUGAGAUUAACGAGAGGGGCGUUUUGGUGGACGAGCUCCAUGCAGGCCGCUAUCCGCGCCGGUCGCUCUGGCCUCGCGAUGGGUGGCCUCUGCUCUUUUUGCUAUAUACGAGCUGUAUUAGCUGGAAAUACGGCUGUGCCACCUACUCCUGUUCAGGGUUUGUACGUGGGCCUACGGUUUUGCUGCUGCUGGCAGGAUAUAGCUCAAAUAAUAAAUAUUCUUUUUCAGGCGGUCUACGAGCUGCUGAAAUACCAUUAACUUUGUGUGUGCGCGCACAAGAUGUUUUGCCUGUGCGGCUUUGAAUUUGGCCCACUUCGCGGGCUGGCGCAGGUGGCUGGUGGGGGAAAUAAAUGUAUCUUCCUGGCCCGUGCAGCGACAGAGAUGACCUUUAAGCGGUGCGUGGCCUGUUUGGGCAGUCGACCUACACACCGGCUAGGGGUGAGCGCCGCUUCUCGCCAUGGACGGCAUGGAGUUCUUCUUCGGGGAAUCUGGAGCAGGAUCUGGCUGGCUCUCGAUUGCCUGUGCAGGCUCGUACCGCGUUUGGACGGAGGGGUUGUCUUAAGAGAGCUAGUUGCCGGCACGCAACUGAUUGAGGGCGGCACGAGUGAAACUGCUGAUGCGGGCGAGGAGUUGAUUUCUUCUUUGCCAUUGGGAUGAGCUGGAGGCCACAUGGAUUACGAAGGGGGAGGAGAGACUGGCAAAGGGAUGGGCGAUUCAUCUGACACGGGAGCUGCAAAUAUAGCGUGUGAUGCCGCGGACCGGGAUGCAUACGAAGAGGGCGUGGUAGUGUCCAAUACAGAUCAAUCUUGUUGGACCAGGAGAGUCAGAGUUGGGAAGGCGCCAUAUGAGAGGGAGCCGAGCCCUUCACGGAUGCCUUGGAAGAAAGUUACCAGGAGAAAAGGACAAAACUAGAGGGAUUGUCCUGAAGCAAAAUAUCCUAAUUGAGGUGCAUGCCUCACAGGUUUAUACCAGGACAAUGUUUGAGAAAUUUGGUGAAGCACUGUAUGAAUGUGGGCGUAUGAUCUCAUGGAAGUCAGGCCACACUUGGAGUACAUUGCUAGGAACAUCAAGUUUCAGUCAAAGGAAAAAUGGUGCAAGAAUGAGUUUGUGAUCUCCAUGAGCGAGACAACUGAUGAGUUUAGGAGUGUGGAACAUUUGAGCACUAUGGAAUGCUUUGCAGCCAUGCACUUAAGGUCAUGAUACACCUAAAACUACAUGAGCUCCCUGCGAAACAUGUACUGAAGUGAUGGACUAGAGAUGCAAGAGAUAUACUACCGCCGGAGUAUUUGCGCGCGCUACCAGAAGGAUCAUGGGCCGCUGAAGUAUUCUUUUCGUCGACACAACACUUUGUACCUGUUGGCACUCGAUAUCGUUAAGUUAGGCGACAGUAAUGUGGAAGCGUAUGCACUUGCUAUGGAGAAAAUGCGAGAUGUCAAAGUGUUGGUCGGGCCA